UUCCAAAUACAACAAAUUUUGUAAUUGCGAAAUUUCGCUUUAAAAAUGUACACUUUUCAUAAUAUUUGUCGUACAUGUUCAUGUCAAGGUGAAUUAAGAUCCUUGUUUGUAGCUGAUCCGCUAAUACUUGCAAAUAUGUUAACUGAAGUAGUUGAUUUAAAGGUGGUUAAAGGUGAUAAAUUUCCACAAAAUAUUUGUACAUUCUGUUUGGAAAAGCUAAAAUCUGCGUACCUGUUUAAAAAACAAUGUCAAGCAAUUCAAAUAAAACUCGAAUUGUAUUUACAAAGUAUCGCUGAAACUUCAUUUAAUGUUAUUUACAAAGAGGAAGUUUUUAAUAAUACACAAAAUGUGGCUCCCCAAUCAGAAUUAAUUGAACUUAAACCGCAACAAGCGUAUGAUCAUAAUAUAAAUGGUACUGGAUCGAUUGAGGAAUCGAAUCAUACAGUUUUGGAACCAAUUGAACAUACGUUAAAAGAGGAGGAAAAUGUUGGAAACAUAUCGAAUACAUCAAAUCAAGAUUGGGAUGAUAUGGAUCGAGGAUCACCGACACCUACAAUCGAACCCGACAUUGAUAUAUUUACACCACCCGAACAACAAGCGGCAAAAGAACGUAAAAAAAGUAAACGUGUUCGAAAUAAACGUGAUAUGGUUCGAAAAAAAGUCGAAUGUUCUGAAUGUCAUAAAAAAGUAAAUGAUCUUGAAUUACAUAUGAAAAAACAUUUAAACAUUCCAUUUAAAUGUGAAAUUUGUGGAGCGGAAAUGUUACGAACAAAUUAUGCCAGACAUUUAAAAGCACAUAAAAACGAACGACCUUUCCCUUGUACACUCUGUACACGACAUUUUCGUGAUAAAUAUACGUUACGUUUACAUUUACGUACACAUUCUGGAGAACGUCCGUAUAAAUGUACUCUCUGCGAACGAUCCUUUAAGUUACAAUUUCAAUUGAAAAAUCAUUUAAAUAAACAUUACGCGGGAGAAAUUAAGGAACCGGUUAAAGCGGAACCGGUUCCCGAUCUUGAUAUUAAGUGUGAAGAGGAAGCGGAAUUUGAAUGUACAGAUUGUAAUGAAAAAUUCACAAGUAAACGAGGUUUAUCCAGACAUAAAAAUUUAGCUCAUGGAAGCGGAACGAAAACAGGAUUAUGUAAUUUAUGUGGAAAAUUAUUAGCAUCAAAAUUAUCACUAAAACAACAUCAACAACAUUGUCAAGUGAAGAAAGAGAAGGAUGAUAAAUCGAGUGAGGACAAUGAACCGAAGGACUUUGAAUGUGAGACAUGUAAUAAAAAAUACAGCACAAAAGAUGCUUUAACACGUCAUAAAACAUUACAUCGGAAAAAACCACAUUUGUGUACACUUUGUGGCAAACUUUUAGCAUCGAAAUUAUCGUUAAAAGGUCAUCAAUUAAUACAUUCGGGUGGAAAACCGUAUAAAUGUAAUGUUUGUAAUCAAAGUUUCCGUCAUAAACAACAUUUAACGAAUCAUCGUCGUAUACAUACGGGAGAAAAACCAUAUAAAUGUACGUUAUGUGAGAAAGCUUUUACCGAAAAGAAAAGUUUAACCGUACAUAUGCGAAUACAUACGGGGGAAAAUCCGUAUAGUUGUUCAUUUUGUAAUAAAGGUUUCUAUGAUUUAAGUAAUUUUAAACGACAUGAAGCGUUCCAUAAAUUAAAUGAAGGGAAUCCAACGCCACGGAAAAGUCAUACGAAUAAUAUUAAUAAUUUUAAUUUACAAAAUAUUUCUUUUAAUCCACCAAAUCAUCCGCUUGGAUUUGGUCAUCUUUGAAAAUUGUAAGUAAAAUCACACAGAUGUUUAUAUUUGGGGGGGGGAGGGGGGAGGUCCGUUAAUUAAGGUGCAAGAAACUAAAACGUAUAUACAUACAAAUUUUUUAAUAUUCGAAUUCCCAUUUCAAAGCGUUUUAAGGGGGCACAAAGCCUUUACAAUCUCGAGAAAAGAUAGAGGUUAGGUUAGAGUGACUGUCCUGGGGUGGGACACACUUAGACUAUAGGGUUCGUUGUGAUACCGUAAAUGGGUUGGCCCAUCCUCGGCCACUACUCCAUGAACCAUUUGAAGCUGUUUAAGAACAG